CUAGUUCAAAUGGCUACGGCGACAGAAACCACGAGCAUAUCUCGCGGCCUAAGCAUGGAUCUCGAACAGGGGGAGGGCUGCACAUGCUAUCCCGCCGUAGCAUCCAUCUCCUUGCAGCCCUCCCCCUUGGGAGCAGUAUAUAAGCGCCCGGCACCUGCGGCAUCUCUUGCUAUCAAGUGGAAGUGCCCACCACCAGAGUAUAGAUCGGGCACUGGUGUGACCGUGUGAGACAGGAAAAGGAGCAACCGUCGCCAUGUCGAAGCUGCAGAGGUUCAGAGGAGUGAGGCAGAGGCACUGGGGCUCCUGGGUCUCCGAGAUCCGCCACCCACUCCUGAAGACGAGGAUCUGGCUUGGCACGUACGAGACGGCGGAGGACGCGGCGCGGGCGUACGACGAGGCAGCGCGGCUGAUGAGCGGGCCGGCGGCGCGCACAAACUUCCCCCUGAGCAGCGGGACCGUUGGCACCCUCUCCCCGACGCUGCGCGCGAAGCUGGAGAAAUGCUGCACGGAGGAGUCGCCGUCGAAGCAGCCGGCGCAGGACGGCGGCGCAGACGCGUCAGGAGCAGAGCGCGACGGCGGCGGCGGCGGGCAGGAGCAGCAGGGCGUGAAAGCUGAGACCGGCGACGACGACGAGUACAUCGAGGAGAUGAUCAGGGAGCUCACCUACUACGGCCCCGUGGAGAUACAGCACCCCUCCGGCUCCUCCGGCGCCGCCCCGGCCUGCUCGAGCUCGCCGGCGAUUAGGUGACCGAGCGAGCCAGCCAGCCAAAGAUUAGCCGCUAGCUAGCUAGCAAGCCGAUGCAGCAGCGGUCGUCGUCAUCUACAGCAGCCGUUAUUUUUUUUUUGGGAAAACAGCAGCCGUUAUUUUGUUAGGCACAUUUAGCCGUCCAUUUAGGAGGAGCGCGGGGCCCGGUCCGGAGGGUAUGGAAAUGGAACUACGCCUGCUAAUGGGGUUGAACCCACCCCAAAUCCGCCCCUACCCAUAUUUCAAGAGCCUUAACUACCACCCGCCCCGACCCACCCCGUCG